CGCGGUUGAAAGCAAUAAGUGGCACGGGUCUUGGCACAUUUCUGGUAUAUUUCUGGCAGUAAACCGUGCCACUUUUUUCUUCACCCGCGUAGGUACGUACUAGACCUGUUGAAGAACGAAGAUGAGACCUUUCUUGUUGUUUGGCGCGAUGAUCCCCCGUAGACCACAGCCACCGCCACUGCCUUAUCUAGCUCGGAAGGUAACCCCAGUUGAUGGGCGAUAAAAUAUUGGUAUGAUACGUUAUUUAGCCAAGCCGCCAGGUAACAACGGGAAAUAUCCGUUAUUGUGCGUCCCGGGGCGUUCUGCAACCCCACCGGUCAUUCCAGUUUUCCAAGAUUCGUACAAUUUGAGGGAAUGUAGUCCCUAUCUCUACCGUGGCCCUCGGACGCAGGAUUUUGUCUCCUUUGAUUUAUACAAAACAAUUCUAGCUUUAUUAUGGAUAGAUUGACGGAACUCAAUGGUCAUAGCGAUCAGCUCGCCCAAGCUAUCAGGAGCCUCGUCGAUAGCCGUCGAGGAGCCGAUUCUUCUGACCAGCUGGGGCCAAGUGCUGACACUGAUGUAGACAGAGAUCAAUCUUUAUUCACAAGAGCCAAGUCAAAUAUUCUGGCCAGUAUUGCAGCAAUCAAGUCCAUAGUUGGUGAACCAGCAGACUUCCUCCAGGAUUUUUCUCGCCAGAUCGAAAUCCUUGCUUGUCUUCGGUGGCUAGCGGAAUUCCAAGUUUUUGCGUGCAUCCCGUUUGACGAAAGCUUGCCUAUCAAGGAUUUGGCGGACCUAGUAGGAGUUCCCGAGAGCCAGUUGGUUCGUGUCAUCCGUCUGACUGCCACAUGCGGAUUUCUGCGGGAACCGAUACUAGGCUUUGUGUCCCACAGCCCCCUCUCGGCGCAAUUCAUAUCCAACCAGUCAUUAGUUGACGCUAUGGUGUUUAUUGCCGAGUUGGCUACUCCCACAGCAUUGCAGAUGCCGCAAGCAACGCAGCGAUUUGGAGCCUCGUCGAGUGCCACCGAGAGCGCAUACAACUUAGCUCUCAAUACGGUGCGGCCGUUUCAUGUGGCUAUCCAAGAACGCUCUAAGCUGCGUCGUCAAUGGUCAGCUUACCUUUGCCAUGCAGCAGGGUUGCACCAGGAGGAAGAAAUCAUCGAAGUGUUAUCGCGGCUCAACUGGUCUAACCUUGGUAAUGCGUGCAUAGUCGAGGUAGGGGCAAAGUCGACCUCGAUGGCAAGCUCUCUUUCCAAAAUGUUUCCAAGCUUGCGGUUGGUCGUGCAAAUCGACAAUACACAAUCUUCUUUGCUAGAUCGAGACUACAUGUGGCAAAAUGCAGUUCUGGCAAGCUCAAUCCGGGACAGCUCUAGCUCUGGAUCUAGCCCUUCUCCCACAAACCCUUUUAUCACGGUUACCUAUCAUGCCAUGGGCAUGCCGCAGUCUGUGACAGAUGCUGCCGUUUAUAUUAUUCACGUGCCUGCCACAUCCUCAGGAUUGACGAUUAAAGCAGAACUGGAUGAUUACUUAGGUGUGCUUCGUACCAGCGGGGGCAUCAUGCUUAUCUUGACGACACGACUGCUUCCCGAGCCAGGCACUCUUCCCAACCCAGAGAUCGAGGCCGUGGCGCGCGCACGGGAUCUGAGCAUGCUCCAACUGGCCAACGAGAGCGAGAUGGAGAUGUCCGAGCUUCUGAGUAUAAUAAAGACGGUGGGGGACAACGCUGGGAAACUCGUUGUCACUAAUCACCUUCGCUCAAACAAUGGCGUCAUCCUAGCUUUAACUAUCAAGUACCAAGCAUAUUAAUUUCGGGCUAUUUGAGUGCAUAGUUACUUAGAUGGGCAUAAAAUGACAUGGAGCACAGGGAACCGCAGUGGUAGCUUAUUAAGAUUCGUUUUAAUUCAAGUGACAAUUAAUCCAAUAUGAG